AUUACGGUAGUCCCUCCCGUCGGUCUGUACGUGGCAGCGUCCAGAGCCCGAAGCCCGAUCCGAGCUGCUCACAACCGGGCGCGCCGACUGACACCGCGUCCGCCUGCCUGCGCGUGACGCCUGAGAAUAACGGUUAAUCGAAAGAGACGGAAUGAGGCAGCUCCGGUCCUUCGUCCUGUGGGCGCUGCUCUGCUGCUGGACCACCAGGGCGGAGAUCUUCACCUCCAUCAGCCAAAUGACAGACCUGAUCCACACUGAGAAGGAGCUGGUCCAGUCUCUGAGGGACUACAUUAAAGCGGAGGAGUCCAAGCUGGCUGCUGUCAAAAGCUGGGCCAACAAACUUGACGCUCUGACCAGGGUGUCCACCUCCGACCCGGAGGGCUACCUGGCCCACCCGGUCAACGCCUACAAACUGAUGAAGAGACUCAACACGGAGUGGUCUGAACUGGAGACUCUGGUGCUGCAGAACCCGUCUGACGGGUUCAUUUCCAACAUGUCCGUACACAGGCAGGUGUUCCCAGAUGCAGAGGAUGAGACGGGUGCAGCCAAGGCGCUGAUGCGUCUGCAGGACACGUACCAACUGGAUUCUGAGGCCUUCUCCAGAGGAAAGCUGCCAGGUAUGCACGCCAAUGCCUUACUGACGGUGGACGACUGCUUCGAUAUGGGCAAGACGGGUUACAACGACGCAGACUACUACCACGCCGUGCUGUGGAUGCAGCAGGCCCUGAAGCAGCUGGACGGCGGGGAGGAAUCCGUGGCUUCCAAGGCGGACAUCUUGGACUACCUCAGCUACUCCGUUUACCAGAUGGGAGACCUCCCUCGAGCCAUUGAGCUGACCCGGAGGCUGGUGGCUACUACCCCCGGCCACCAGAGGGCAGGAGGAAACCUGCGUUACUUUGAGCGCAUACUGACGAAGCAGCUCAGCGAGCAGGACCAGGACCAGCAGCCGGCCUCCGAGGAGCCCAUCCUGCUGGGGACCUACCAGAGACCCAAAGACCACCUCCCAGAGAGGGAGACCUACGAGGCCCUCUGCAGAGGGGAGGGGCUCCAAAUGAACGACGCGCGCCGCAGCCGGUUGUUCUGCCGCCUCCAGGACGGGAGGAGGAACCCUCGCCUCCUGCUGCGGCCCAUGAAGGAGGAGGACGAGUGGGACAGCCCUCACAUCGUACGCUACCUGGAGGUGCUGUCGCACGAGGAGACGGAGAAGAUUAAGGAGCUGGCUAAGCCCAGGCUGGCGAGAGCGACGGUCCGUGACCCCAAAACAGGCCUCCUGACCACGGCCAACUACCGCGUGUCAAAGAGUGCAUGGUUGGAGGAAGUGGACGACCCGGUCAUUGUCAGAGUCAACCAGAGGAUAGAAGACAUCACCGGCCUCGAGGUCGACACUGCAGAGUUACUACAGGUCGCAAACUAUGGAGUCGGAGGACAGUACGAGCCUCAUUAUGACUUCUCGAGGCGUCCUUUUGACAGCAACCUCAAGCAUGACGGAAAUAGACUCGCUACCUUCCUGAACUACAAAGAUGAGCCAGAUGCUUUCAAAAGAUUAGGCACUGGAAAUCGCGUGGCAACUUUUUUGAACUACAUGAGUGACGUCGAGGCCGGAGGAGCCACCGUGUUCCCCGACUUAGGGGCCGCGAUCUGGCCUCGCAAGGGCACGGCGGUGUUCUGGUUCAACCUGUUCCGGAGCGGUGAGGGCGACUACCGGACCCGACAUGCAGCCUGCCCCGUGUUGGUGGGCAGUAAAUGGGUGUCAAACAAGUGGAUUCACGAGCGUGGACAAGAGUUCAGGAGACCAUGUGGCUUAACAGAAGAGGAGUGAAGAGUGAACCAACACACACAAACACACACACACACACACACACACACACACACAUGCAUUAAUGCCAUCAUCUGGGCAACAACUUCUCUCCCUCGACUCAUAUAGAGAAAUAUUUCACGAGACAAUUAUGACUAUUUUAACUUCGGAACUGGCUGGAAAAUAACGUCAUUAUUUUUAUCGACCAAAAGAAACAGAACCAGGUUCUCCGUCACUUUAUUCCGAUGGGUUGAAAUGACCCUCCGCUAAGCCCCGCCUCCUGCCGCUGCUGAAGCUGUGAGAGCUACGUUACCACGGAGACCAAACUGUCACUAACCGCACUUCCUGCAUCAAUGUUUUUUAUUGAGUUUCCUUUCAGUAGAAUUCUCUGAAUGAAUUUGAGCUCCUUCUGGUCAACAGUUAGGCGGUGUUUACGUUUAGGGCUUUUAUUGUGAAAGGUAAGAAUGGAAGAUGUGGUUUCUUCUCCAUGUUGUUGCUACGCUACAGUGGACGCUUUGUUUAUGUCCGCUCGGCGCAACGUGAUUGGUUGAUGUUUUUAUUCGCACUGUUGUCGUUUUGAAAAAUUAUUCCAGUGUAGCUUUUUUGUUUUUGUGUGAAUAUUUAUGACAAAAACAAAGGUUUUUAAAAAUAUGUUGACUUGCAAAUGAAGUGCAAAAGAAGACAAAAGAAUGCUUUCAGUGUGCGUUUGAGAGGCGGAGCUUAGCAAAAGGUCAAUGGCGAUAAUAAUUUAACAAUAGGGUUCCGUAUAUAGAAUUAACUAAACCGGUAGAUUCAGACCUGAGUCCUCUGACUUCAAAAGCUCCGACGCAGCAGAAGCCUUUUUUCGAGUUUUCAAAGUAAAAGAAUUGGCGUUGGUGGCGAUACAGAUGAGCCCUUUAUUCAUCUUAUCUGUUAAAAACACCAAAACGUACACCUUAUAAAAUGGUGUCGGAGCAGAUCAUUCAGAUGUAUCUCAAUGCCACAUAUGCAGAUCUUUAAGAGAGAAUAUAUACAUUUAACAUUUCCGGAUAAGAAGCAGUGACAGAAAGAAGAAAAAGUUGUAUUAUUUUGAAAGAUCUUUCGAACUCCGGUCCGACUGGAGACUCUUUCAGACACAAAUUGACUUUACUGCAUCUUCAUUGGUCACAACUUUGUGUUUAAACUAUUUAAAUACUCCUGUCACAGUGUUUCAGUUUCCUUUAAACCAGACAGAAAAAAACACAUUUCCUCCAAAUCAUGUCCACGAUGUUUUUAUUUAUAUGGCGUUUAAAUUAUUACACUGUUAUUUCACAUUUUGUGCUCUUUCUACAAGCCAACAAGUCAAUAAAUGGUGUCUUUUAUUAAAAUGUU